AUGAAUUUGGUCACGUUAUUUACAGAUGGUCUAUGGACAGACUGGGGAGCAUGGAGCGCCUGUAGUACCACGUGUGGGACGUCUGUUCGCUACCAUUUCAGGAAUUGCAGUAAAUCUAUCAACAACGGAACCUGCAAGGGACAGUUCUAUGAGACCGGGUACUGUUCAUCUGAAUGCCCAGUUAAUGGAGCUUGGUCUGUCUGGUCAGGAUGGGGAUCGUGUUCGCGCACGUGUGAAACCGGAAGUAAGCAAAGGAGUCGCGCGUGCGCAAACCCGCCUCCAGCGUAUGGCGGCGAUAAAUGUCUUGGACCAGCUACUGAUACCACACCGUGUGUCAUUCACCUACAUUGUCCAGUUAAUGGCGCCUGGUCUGAUUGGUCAGUUUGGAGCACGUGUUCUCGCACGUGCGGAUCCGGAAGUAAACAAAGAAGUCGCGCAUGCGCACAUCCGCCUGCGUCAUAUGGUGGCAAGAACUGUAUCGGACUAUCUACGGAUACUUCAUCAUGUGUCAGUCAGCACGACUGUCCAGUCGAUGGCGCCUGGUCUGAUUGGUCGGUCUGGAGCACGUGUUCUAGCACGUGCGGACCCGGAAGCAAACAACGGAGUCGCGCAUGCGUAGACCCGCCCCCUGGGUAUGGUGGUCAAAACUGUUUUGGACCAGCUACUGACUUGGCUCCAUGUGCCGCUAAUAUAAAUUGUCCAGUCGAUAGCGUAUGGUCUGAUUGGUCAGACUGGGCCGCGUGUUCUCGCACGUGCGGUUCCGGAAGUAAACAACGUAGCCGCGUAUGCGUAAACCCGUCUACGGCACUUGCUGACGUGAAUUGUCCUGGACUAUCUACGGAAACUACAUCGUGUGCUGUUCAACAAUAUUGUCCAGUCGAUGGCGCUUGGUCUGAUUGGUCGAUCUGGACCACGUGUUCUCGCACGUGCGGAUCCGGAAGUAAACAAAGAACACGAGCAUGCGCAUAUCCUCCCCCUGCGCAUGGUGGCAAGCAGUGUAUUGGACUUUCUACGGAAACUGCAUCGUGUCCCGAUCAACUCAAAUGCCCGGUUGAUGGCGCUUGGUCCGAGUGGACAGUCUGGGGCACGUGCUCUCACACGUGCGGCUCUGGAGUCGCGCAAAGGAGUCGAUCAUGCGAAAACCCGCCCCCUGCGAAUGGUGGACAAAAUUGUCUUGGACCAACUACUGAUUUUGAAGCAUGUGCCAUUGAUCUGAAAUGUUCAGUUUCAGUCGAUGGCGCUUGGUCUGAAUGGUCAGUCUGGAGCACGUGUUCUCGCACGUGCGGGUAUGGAAGUAAACAGCGGAGUCGCGUAUGCGCUAACCCCCCUCCUGUUCACGGUGGCCAAAAUUGUCUUGGACCAGCGACUGAUUUUGCUCCAUGUGCUGUUGAUCUUAAAUGUCUAGUUGAUGGCGCUUGGUCUGAUUGGUCGGAUUGGGACACGUGUUCUACCACGUGUGGAGUCGGAAUUAAACAAAGGAACCGCACAUGCGCAAAUCCACCACCGGCAAAUGGUGGACUGGACUGUUUUGGAAUAAUGACUGACAGAACAUGGUGUUCCAUUCAGCAUGACUGUCCAAUACCAACAACAACACCAGCAACGUCUACUGUUUUUGGCCAAGAGACUAGGUGUCCUAAAUUUUGGGUGGUCGGUGAUACGUCUUGCUAUUUCUUCGGUCUCAAUCGUAACUGGACGUCAGCCAAGGAAUAUUGUAACGACCAUGGCGCGGACCUCGUGAAAAUCGAUGACCAGGUGGAACAGGACUUUUUAGUGACUAAACUGCAACUAUGGGGAAUGGAUGUAUGGUGGACGGGAGGAAGAAAGACAACUUCACAGCUUAAAUUCCACUGGGAAUGGCAAGGCACAAUAAUUCCGUUUUCGUACCAAAACUGGUUCCCCUACGGCUAUACGGCUGGCGGAGACUGUGUGGCUUUGCAAAGUAGUUCCGAAUACAAAUGGACCCGUCGUCGAUGUAACGAUUCUAUACAGUGGGUUUGCGAAAAGGAUCAGGUUGAAAGUCCACCCUUAGUCGGAUAACAGAAGAAUAGCUCAGACGUGGCGUUUGGAACGACCAGUUGAUAUUACCUGUAUUUUAAUUGUUUUAAUAAACACUUGUCUGCCUUUUAAA